AAGAAAAUUUAUUCAAGUACUACAAGUAAGUAGUUACAUAAAUUAUCACACACAGCAGCAUAUGUGGAAUUACUUAAGAUAUUACUUAAGAUAACCCAUAAAAGUCAGACAGAGUGACUUAGUUCCCUCGGUGACAUAUUUAUUUGAUCGUGUUUUGAGACUUGUCCUCCAUUACUGCCGACCAUCAACACAAAACUUUCUUCCUCGUUGUUAAAAGAAUCUUGUGGACACAGCCAUCAGCAUUUUUUGGGCGUGUGGCAGGGACUGGAGGACAGCAGCAGUACGGUGGAGGUGUGUGGGUGAGGUGUUUGAAAUUAGAAAAUUAGUACCUUCAUUUCAUCACUUCAGUGUCAUAUUGGUGGUGUCACGUGGCAUACACUGAAGACUUUGUCUCACUGUGUGUGGUGCAGAAACUAUACCAGCAGUUCUACAAUGGCUUCCUCUGGUGAUGAACCACAAGUCAAGAAACUCAAGACUGAUAAUGAUAACAGUGAAAUUCACGCUCGCUUGGAAAAAGAAAGAUUAGAGAUGGCAGUUAGAGUCACCAAUUUCAAAUUUAACAAAAAGCGUGUCCAGAUGAUGAGUAAAGCAGAUGAAGUUCCUGACUGUGAUGGUGUUUUAUACUGGAUGUCUCGGGAUCAAAGAAUUCAAGAUAAUUGGGCAAUGUUAUUUGCUCAGCGCUUGGCACUGAAAAACCAUGUGUCUCUACAUGUGGCAUUCUGCUUGGUUCCAAAGUUUCUCGGUGCCACAAUACGCCAUUACGACUUCAUGCUGAAGGGCUUGGAAGAAGUCGAGAGUGAAUGCCUGAGUCUGGGUAUUGAAUUCCAUCUUUUGUUUGGUGAAGCCAAGGAGGCUCUUCCAAAGUUCAUCAAGGAUCAUUCUAUUGGUGGCUUAGUCACAGAUUUCUCUCCACUUCGAUUAUCACAACAAUGGCUUGAAGAUGUGAAAGAAGCAAUUCCUAAAAAUAUUCCACUGUGCAAGAUCAUCAUUGUUAGUGAAAGAUGA